CUCUCCCCAACCGUGGAUUUCCUAUUACUCUCGUUACGACUCACUGAGCCCCAGGCCCAAGGAUAAUGAUGUGUUGUUUCUUGGUAGCAUAAUUUGUCACACGUAUAUUUCUUCUUCUUCUUCUCUUGCAGAAAGCACAGCUCCCUCUCACACACUCACACACUUCUUGUUAAUUCAGAAGAACAAAUGAUCAACGUCAACAAAUAACCUGAAAAUAGUGACUUUAUGAGUUGGAAUCAAUGGUUAUUUUGAGACACCACCGACUAUAGACUUUAAAGGGGAAAAAGGACAUUUCUUAAAAAGGAGAACAAAGGAAAAAUUCAAGUGAGAAUAUUGGGAACCCGGAGCUUACUUUCUUUUUUGUCAAGAGCUGAAGUCAGGUGGCGUUCACAGUCAGGAAGUCAUGUCCAGAUCGGGUGAUAGAACAUCCACCUUUGACCCAACACACAGUGACACCCUGCUGCACGGGCUCAAUCUCUUAUGGAGAAAACAGCUUUUCUGUGAUGUGACUCUCACUGCCCAGGGACAGCAGUUCCACUGCCACAAAGCUGUGUUGGCAUCCUGCUCCCAGUAUUUCAGAUCCCUCUUCUCUUCCCACAAUGUAAUCAACAAUGAGGGGAGCAAAGGGGACCAGGGCAGCAGUGGGACCCCCUCAUCCUCUCCUGAUGACAAGCUGGUGACCCCCAGCGCCAGGCCCAUCAAUAACCUGGUACUCCAGGGCUGCUCCUCCAUUGGACUACGAUUAGUGCUGGAGUACCUGUACACUGCCAACGUGACUCUUUCCCUGGACACAGUGGAAGAGGUUCUGUCAGUCAGCAAGAUCCUCAACAUCCCCCAGAUUACCAAGCUCAGCGUGCAGUUCCUCAACGACCAGAUCUCUGUGCAGAACUACAAGCAGAUCUGCAAGAUUGCCGCACUCCAUGGACUGGAUGAGACCAAGAAGCUGGCCAACAAGUACCUGGUGGAGGAUGUGCUGCUGCUGAACUUUGAGGAGAUGUGUGCCAUGCUAGAUGCUCUGCCACCCCCGGUGGAGUCAGAGCUGGCUCUGUUCCAGAUGUCAGUCCUCUGGCUGGAGCAUGACCGGGAGACUCGCAUGCACUAUGCGCCGGACCUUAUGAAGAGGCUGCGCUUCGCCCUCAUACCUGCUCCAGAGCUGGUGGAGAGGGUGCAGUCUGUUGACUUCAUGAGGAGUGACCCUGUGUGCCAGAAACUGCUCCUGGAUGCCAUGAACUACCACCUGAUGCCCUUCAGGCAGCACUGCAGGCAGACCACGGCCAGCAGAAUCCGUUCCAAUAAGAGAAUGCUGUUACUGGUGGGUGGUUUGCCUCCUGGACCUGAUCGUCUCCCCAGCAAUUUGGUCCAGUACUAUGACGACGAGAAAAAGACAUGGAAGAUCCUCACAAUAAUGCCUUACAACAGUGCCCAUCACUGCGUGGUGGAGGUGGAGAACUUCCUGCUGCUGCUGGGCGGAGAGGACCAGUGGAACCCCAAUGGAAAGCACAGCACUAAUUUUGUCAGCCGCUAUGAUCCCAGAUUCAACAGUUGGAUACAGUUGCCUCCUAUGCAGGAGAGGAGAGCUAGUUUCUUCGCCUGCCGCCUGGAUAAGCACCUGUAUGUGAUCGGUGGUAGGAACGAGAGCGGCUACCUCUCCAGUGUGGAGUCCUACAACCUGGAGACUAAUGAGUGGAACUACCUGUCGUCUCUGCCGCAGCCUCUGGCCGCCCAUGCAGGAGCAGUGCACAACGGCAAGAUCUACAUAUCAGGAGGAGUGCACAAUGGAGAGUACGUGUCCUGGCUCUACUGUUAUGACCCUAUAAUGGAUGUGUGGGCUCGGAAACAGGACAUGAACACAAAGCGAGCCAUUCAUGCGCUGGCUGGAAUGAACGACCGCCUAUAUGCUAUUGGUGGAAACCAUUUGAAAGGGUUCUCCCAUCUAGACGUGAUGUUGGUGGAGUGCUACGACCCGAAGGCUGACCAGUGGAACAUCCUGCAGACACCCAUCCUGGAGGGUCGCAGCGGCCCGGGCUGCGCCGUGUUGGAUGACAGCAUCUUCCUCGUGGGAGGCUACAGCUGGAGCAUGGGGGCCUAUAAGUCUUCUACCAUCUGCUACAGCCCAGAGAAAGGAACAUGGACAGAGUUGGAGGGAGAGGUGGCAGAGCCCUUAGCGGGCCCAGCCUGUUCCACCGUCAUACUGCCUGCCUGCCUUCCCUUUAACAAAUGACAACUAAUCCAACCGACGGGCGGUAAGAGCGAGGAGCAGCAGAGUGAAUGGGGGGAGGACCAUCAAUAAGCAAAACAGUCGUCCACAAUUUUGUGACAAACCCUCCGGUCAGAUGACGGGGGUGUGUAUAAAUUAUUUUUUUACAGGUUUGACCAGAGCACUUUCGUUAUUCCCUACUGAAGGUUUGGAAAAAAAAGAAGAAUUGUGUAACUCAUGUAUUUAAACUCAUCUGUGUUCUGAGAAAUGGUCAGUUUCAUAUUUGAUUUGAUUUAAACUGAUAGUACGUGUUUUUGGCUUCUCUUCUAUAGCACGCAUAGUGUUGAACUGAAUUAUAGCUUUCAAAUCCAUUGUAUCUUGUAUUCAGUAGAUGCAUAAUUCCAUCAAAAUGCAGUGUUGUUUCAUGGACUGACAGAAAAGGUGAUCAGUCCCAAACUGUCAUGGGGUUAUGUUAAACUAGGGCUGGGUGAGUUACAUUAACCGUGAUGAUCAAAGUGUAUAAAUAUCCUUCAUCCCUCACGUCAUAACUCACUUUUCUCUGGCUGGACUGUGCACUUAUCUCGCUUUCGGAUCAUGAUGCAACCGUUUUGUUGUCUCUACAAAUGAACAUAUUUACCUGUCUGAAAUUGAGACAUUUCCAGAAACUUUUCUUAACUGCAGUCAUUUAAUUAACUAAAAAAAUACACAGUAACUAGUUCUAGCAGGUACACUGGGUCCAAACACAACCAGGGGGACAUUGUAAAAAAGACGCAGUUACACAGUGAUCUUUAUGAGGAUGUGUCCAUAUCACCCAGCCCUAAUUUAUAAUGAAUUAUCUUAAUAAUUUACACCCAGACUGAAGUCGUGUUUCUGUAUAACUUGACAGAAGAAAUCUUGCCAAAUGUUUGUGGCAGCUAUUCUUCGUGCUGCAGGCAAAACAAUUUAAAGUUUGAUUCUUAAUCUUCAUACGACGCACUAAUGUUCUCUUUAAAGGAAUACUGAGGCCCCCAAAUUAAACAUUUGUCUAUCAGUUACUUGCCCUGUAUUACGUUACGUAUGAAGAAAACUUUGCUUUUCUUGCAUGCCUACACGGUGAACGUAGAAUGAAAAACCUAUAUCAAAAUAACAUACUCACACAGAUCAUGCAGUAUAAUCCAAGUCUCAUUUAUCCAGUCGUAUGCUCAGUACGCCCCAAACAGA